UAAUGUGCUAGGAAAUUUUCAGUUCUUUAUCCCUUUUGUGUCCAUGUGCAGUAAUACAUGUUGCUUUUCAAAGCAAGGAUACAUAUCCAUUACUUUAUUGUUCUCAUAAUAACACUUUUGAGAUAAGGCCAAAGAUUCUUCCCACUUGAUGGAUGAGGACAUAAAGGUUCAAGUUUGCACAAAAAGUAAUCUAAUAGAGGCAGAAUUAGAUCUUGGGCCUACCGAUGCUCUACAUGGUGAGUGACACUGGGGGUUUGGUCUGUGGUUGGAGAUGAAGAGUUAGGACUGGGAUUACUUAGAAAAUUGGUCUGAUGUUUGGGAUAGGAUCAGUCUGCUGUUAGUGAAUAUGAUCUAUUUUUUGGGGGGGUGUAAAGUAGGAUUGGUGCUGGGGUACUAGGUCUCAUGGUUUGAGUUAAAGGGCAUGAUAAGUGACUAGAUAAGAAAAUGAAACUAAUCAGAGGUUAAACCAUCAGGGAGGUGAUGAUGUAAGUGCUGUCUAUCAUUUACUAUUCAGAUGUUUGCAAUUGUUAAACAAAAUCUUCAUCCGUUACUGGAAUGGGGAAAAAUCUAAGCUUAGAACUUACUGUUCUUUUUAAAUUUUCUAUUAAUUGUGUGGUAGUCUAUCUAGUUAAUGAUUAUGAUAAUGUAUUAAUAACACAUAUGUAUUUUCCUCUCAAUGAACUUUGCCUCGUCUAAAGUUCAAAUAUUAUUAUCCCCCUUUUUACAGAUGAGGAAAUUGAGGCUCAGAGGAAUUGCAUUGAUUUGCCUAUGAUGACCUAGAUAAUGACUAUCUAGAACACAAAGAUGAAUGUAGCAAUCUGGAUGCCAAGCCUUUUUGAAGGACACUUACUGGUUUCAGGAACCAAACAGAUAAAUGUGAAUAUUUAAGUUUUAGUUUACCCAGAGGAAGGCAAUGGUUUCAUACUUGCAUAAUAAAGAACUCAUUUGAGUUUGACUUUGGGAAAUUUAUUUUCCCUUCUUUUUGAACAUGUGUGUCUAAUAAUCUAGAAACUCCUAAUGUCUGAAAGCAAAGAAAUGAAGCUCUCCUAUGAAGAUGAGACUUUGGGGUAGUUGGGAAAUCUGUCCAGCUUUUCCAUUCCGGUUCCCUGCUGUUUAGUUCUUUUCUCCUUUCAGCUUCAUACUGGAGAGAGACCAGAUAUCAACAUUCAGACUGCUGGAGAGUAUCAGCCUAAACUGAGCUUCCUGUUCUCUCCGUAUUUAUUUCAUUUUCACACCUUCCUUAGGUUAGAGAAGGUAAUUAAAUGUUUUGGUUUUAAGAGGAUUCCUGCUGGGCAAGUAGGCUGCAGGAUGGAAUAAAAGUAAGCAAAAGAUAGUAAAUUGUGUCAGGAAAGCAAUUUUGUCACCCACCCUGCUUAAUUAUAUUAACAAGACCAUGAAAGUAAGAUUUGCUACAGAUACCUCUUAUUUCCCUAGUUGAAUAGAGUUGACUGGUGUGAGUCUGGUUAAAUUGAAUUUUGGAAUUGGAAAGCGAUACGAAAAGGGGAACGAAUGAUGAAGGUAUGCAGGUAGGGGCAUGGUUGAGUGGUGGCUUCCAGAGAUUCAGAAGCUGAGAUGGGACUGACCUGUGACUGUUCUUCAAGAUAGUGGUUUUGGAAGAAUCUCACCACAGAGGGCUGUAGUGUAGGCUUGAGGGAUAUUCCAAGGUGAGAAAUUACAAAGAAAUGUCAUUACUAAAACUAUCAGAUCCUAUCAGGUCAGAUACUAUCUUUAAAUUGGAAAUAAUACAACUUGUAGUACAUAUCUCUUGUUUAUUGCCAGGCACACAUGAGAUAAUGCCUAUAAAGUUUUUUGAACUUUAAGUCGGUCAUUGUGACUUGCUGUCAUUUCCAAAACUUUAAGGUUUAAAUAAGUUCUACAUUUUCUUCACAACUAUCCUGGGAGGAAGGUGCUAUGAGGAUUAGUGUUUUCAUGUUACCUGUUAGGAAAUUGAAUUUCCCAAUGAUUUUAUGACUUCCCAGGGAUCACACAGCUCACAACUGUCAAUCAGAACAAAAACCUAGUUCUCUCUUAACCACAAGUUCAAGGCUCUGCCUCCUGUUCAUCAUGAACUGUUGUUCUCCUUCCUUUCUCCUUUUCUUCCCCCAAGCCCCUUCAGGAUUUCCUGGGAUCUGUUUGUGUGGGAAUCUGAAACUCUGAGCUGGAGCCCAGUAUUACACAACAGGACUGUCUUAUCUUUGGGAAGGAAAUAAUAGGACCCUUGAUCCUGGGAAAACAGCUAAUUGCAUCUUCUGUGAUGUCUACAGUGGCUUUGAAAACCUCAAAUUAUUCCUUUCAUUGUCUUUUGUUGUUGUUCUGGUCGACUAAUGUGUUCCCUCUCUCAGGGGAAAAUAGCUUAUAAAGGAGGAGGAGGGAGGCAGGAACACCCAGAUUUCUUAGCUGGAUCUUAGUGGAUUUCUUCACUUCCUGAGGGGUGUGCAGGGUUCUUGAGGUUUACAGGCCAUUGCCAGAAGGGCUAUUUGCUCAUACAAAGUUCUCCAUUGUAAUAGGCAAAAAAAUCAAUUUGAUUACUUCCAUGUCAGCAUGCAUGUCUAAUGGACUAGAAGUUAUUGCAGCUAUAAAACACACAGUAUCAUUCCUCUCUCUCCGAAAUUUGACAGGAUUAAUAUAGUCAGCAUGAAAUCUUAGUCAUAAAGUCGACCAUAAGUGAUGGUAAAAUUAGCUAAUGAAAUCGGCUGCUUAUGGAAAACAUCUUCUGUUUUUCCUUCUUCGGAGAAGGAAGAAAACAUUUAGAGUAUGAAAAUGCCCAGUAAAAUGUAAGUCCUCCUUCCAAUGUGCCUGUCUCAGCAUCCUCCCAGAGAGAGGAGGAGAAGGCGAAGGAAAGGGUAGGAGGAAAGGUAUUUGGUCCAGGACACUGGGUUUCUGUAGUAGAGUGGACUGCACAGAUUGGUCCACAAAACAAGGCAGUGGUGGCAGCGGCAGCAGUAGCACAUGAGCUCAAGCUAAAUUCGUUUUCGGCCAAAGAACAGUAUUUCUAAUCUGGACCUUGGUUGAAUGUUUUAUUUUCCAAGUUAAGAACAUCAACACAGGUGGCUUAAAAAGCUUUUAUUCUUCUCUUGUCCUUUCUCCUCUUCUCUUGACCUCCUUGCCCUUUCUCUCUCCCCAUCAGCAUCUAAUUGUACCUGGGAAUGAAGGGCAUGUUCCCCUGAUGCAUCAGGAAGGAUCUCAGAGUUCAAAAUGGGAGUAAUAUUUUACUGUUCUGGUAAAUGUUUUCUGGGAAUAAGCAUUGUUCCACUUGGCAUCCCAAAGUGGUUUUAGAUGUUCAGAAUUGAUAUUUCUUCUUAUAAUGUAUAGGGCAUUGGAUUGAGAGCACAGAAUAGAGGAUAAGGUGAGAGAACAUGGUAUAAAAUCAUUUUGAACAAUUAGUUAUUGCUCUUGCAAAUAUAAAAUCCUAUACUCCACUGCCCAAGACCUUCCAUAUUUGGGGCUUCCCUACUGCAUCAGUAUCUACCUGCUUACUCCAGCAAGGCUUUACUCUUUUCUGUUUCCUACAUGCUAAAUUCCCAUCUCCAAACCCAUAAUUAUUUGUUGCUGCCAGCAAUAUCCUUUCCUUGGUCUAUAUCCUCCCUGUCUUUUACUUUGCUUUCUCCAUGUAGCCUUUUCUUUUUACUUCCAUUUGCACUGGUAGGUCCUUUGGUGAAGUGCUUCUAUUACUCACAUCUAUCUAGUUAUCAAAUAACCUAGCAUAGUUAAAGUUCUCUGAUACUUCUUAUGUGCUGUUUCUUGCCCUAAAGGAAGCCUUGUGGAUCUCUUUCAGUAGACAGUAUGGACUUGAAUGCUCCAGAGACACUUAUUUUAACCAUGAGUUGGUUGACUGAUUAAUUUACCCCAGUCAGUGGUGUUUUCAUUUAAUUCCACUAAUUAAGUGGAAAAGGUAGUAUGGCCAUAGUUCUUAGAGCCUGGAAGACCUAAAGUUGAUGCUCAUUUUGAGUAUUUUGUAUUUGUAAAUUUAUCCUAUUAUAAAAUUUAUAAUCUCCAAAUCAAUACUUGGUACGAUCAUAUAUGGCCAAUGCUCAAUUACCUGAUGCUCAUAUUUUUGUGCUUUCUGUUGGUGAUUCCACUUGCUUAAAAUAUUCCUAUCUGGUUUUCUUUAACCCAAGAAGGCUGUGAUGUGCCUUAACUGAAAAAAUGUGAGUAUUAGAUAAGCUUUACUCAGGCAUGAGUUAUGGUGUUCCCCAUGAGUUCAAUGUUAGUGAAUCAAUAAGACAUAAAAAGAGAACGAAAUUUGUGGAUAUGUGUUUGAAUGAGGCGACUCAGGAAAGUGCUAAAGUAAAUAUUGUGACCAGAGACCCAUAGGAACCUAAUCCUGUAUUUUUCCCAGGAGAAAUCGUUCAGUAUUUGAUAAUUCAGUGUUGGGAUAACCAUGAACCAUAGUGAGGUUCAAGUUCUAUAUCUGACACAUACUGGCUAUGCAAAGGUGGGCAAAUCAUUUAACUAGGCUGGGGGUUGUCAAACUCAAAUAGAAACAGUUCUAAAAACAGCAUUUAGCAUUUCUAUGUUGUAUUUUCAUUUGCUUUGUUAAAUAUUUCCUAAGAUUUUAACCCAGCUCAGCUAUUGAGAAAUGUUUUGGCCACUAGUUUCUAAGGCUAUAACUUGGAGGGAAAAAUGUGCCUACUGGUGUUGUCCAGUAUCUUUAGCAGGGCAUUACACAUACGUUGUCCAACAAGUCUAAUCCCUAUCCUCUUCCCUAAUCUCUAUUCCCCCUCCCCCCUUUUUUUUGUUCAGUAGAAAGAACUGGGGGGAGUGGAAGAAGAGAAGAGAGGGAAACAAACAAGUCAGUGUACCUGAUGUGCCCUUCUUUGGAAUCAGCUGUGUUGAAUGUCUAAGGUAUCCUGGCGCCUUGCUCAGCCAUGUCCCAGAUGUUGCACAUAGAGAUCCCCAAUUUUGGGAACACUGUCCUGGGUUGUCUGAAUGAACAACGUCUGCUGGGGCUCUACUGCGAUGUCUCCAUAGUCGUCAAGGGGCAAGCCUUCAAGGCUCACCGUGCGGUCCUGGCGGCCAGCAGCCUCUACUUCCGGGACUUGUUCAGUGGGAAUAGUAAGAGCGCCUUUGAGCUUCCCGGCACAGUGCCCCCUGCCUGCUUCCAGCAGAUCCUCUCCUUCUGCUACACCGGGAAGCUCAGAAUGGCGGCCAGUGAGCAGCUCGUGGUGAUGUACACGGCCGGCUUCCUGCAGAUCCAGCACAUUGUGGAGCGGGGCACAGACUUGAUGUUCAAGGUGAGCUCGCCCCACUGUGACUCGCAGACCGCCAUGAUCGAGGACACCAGCUCGGAGCCCCAGAGCCCCUGCAACCAGCUGCAGCCAGGCCCUGCACCCUAUGUCAUGUCCCCCUCUGUGCCCAUCCCGCUUCUCACCCGUGUGAAGCAUGAGAACCUGGAGCUCCAGCCGGCAGCAGGCCCAGGCCUGGCCGCCAAGCGGCCCCUGGAAGCUGGGGCCCGGGAUGGCUCGGGGGGCGGCGGGGCGGCAGUGGGCGGGGCGGCACCUCUGAAGCUCUCUCGAGUCUCGUACUACGGGAUGCCCAGCCUGGCCACUCUCAUCCCCAACAUCCAGCAGGUACAGUACUCCCAGGGUGAGAGGACCAGCCCCGGGGCCAGCAGCCUCCCCACCACUGACAGUCCCACCUCCUACCACAAUGAAGAGGACGAGGAGGACGACGAGGCCUAUGACACAAUGGUGGAGGAGCAGUACGGCCAGAUGUAUAUCAAGUCCACAGGCAGCUACUCAGUGCAAGAAAAACCAGAGCAGAUUCCGCUGGAGAGCCGCUCUUGUGUCCUGAUUCGAAGAGACUUGGUAGCCCUUCCUGCCAGCCUCAUCAGCCAAAUUGGGUACCGUUGCCACCCUAAGCUCUACUCAGAGGGUGACCCUGGCGAGAAGCUGGAACUUGUUGCAGGCUCUGGAGUCUACAUUACACGGGGUCAGCUGAUGAACUGUCACCUCUGUGCCGGUGUGAAGCACAAAGUCUUGCUGAGGCGUCUUCUUGCUACGUUCUUUGAUCGGAAUACACUAGCCAACAGUUGUGGGACUGGAAUUCGUUCUUCUACAAGUGAUCCCAGUCGGAAACCUUUGGACAGCAGAGUUCUUAAUGCCGUGAAAUUAUAUUGUCAAAAUUUUGCUCCAAGCUUUAAGGAGAGUGAGAUGAAUGUCAUAGCUGCAGACAUGUGCACCAAUGCUCGUCGAGUCCGCAAACGCUGGCUACCCAAGAUCAAGUCCAUGUUGCCUGAGGGGAUGGAGAUGUACCGAACCGUCAUGGGUUCUACUACUGCCAGCGUCCCCCUCGAGCCUGAGUUUCAGGCCACCACAGCCCAGGUAUUUGAGCAGAGAAUCUACGCAGAGCGGCGGAAUGAUGCUGCCACCAUCGUGGCUCUGAGAACUAACACGGUCAACGUAGACCUGAGCAGUGCUUCCAACCCGCCGUUCGAGCCAAGUGAAGAGGCAGAUGGAGCUGGUUCGGUCAUUCAGGAGGUGGCUGGGCCAGAGCCCCUCCCCUCAGAUAGCCAAAGCACUCCCCAAUCUUUCGAACAAGGUCCUGCCAGCACCAGUAGGCCAGAGACACCAGUGAGAAGACAAGAUGGUACUUAUGGAGGGACUUUGUAAAGACAUCUAAAGAAAAAAAAAGAAUUUUGUGACUUAUAAGGGAUCUAAAUACUAAAGCUGCUUGCAUGCAUACUAAUACAAAAAAAAAUGUGAUCAAGCCACUUACCUACUGAACUGCUACUGUUGCCUGAAAAAAAUGUGAUUUUUAUUCUGCUUGUAUUUAAAAUUUAUGAAGGAAAUAAUCGCAUUCGUUAUACUGUAAAUGAUUAGGUCAGUGACGGCCUAUUUAAAAGAGUUCCUGGGCUCUUUUUGGGGGGGGGGGUGGAGAUACUUCCUGAGGUUAGUCUCUAUAAACUCUUGUAGCUUUCCCCCCCUUCCUUAAAAGGGGGAUGUGUGAAGGAGGACUGAGACCUCCCCUCCCAUGGAUCCUGCACCUGGGUCCUUUGCACCCCUUCCUACCCAGAAGUAAAGCCAUUGCCAUUUCCUCCUUGCUCUAUAGAACCUGGUGCCACUACCCAGGAGGAGAAAGUUUUUGGAUGGUCAGAGAAAGUUUGGCAAUCCAAGGACCCACUGGACUUGGCAGCUGGUUGACUGGAGGUGCUUCAUUAACACUCCAUUCCUAGCUUGUAGUGGUCCUCAGUUUGUGAGGGUCUUUUGAGUGCAUCAGGGGUAUGAAGGUUGGGGAUAGGUAGGCUGAGGGGGAUAGAGAGAUUUCUCCAGGAAGUCUCCUCAAACUUAUUUUAUUUUAUUUUAUUUUUUUUACUUUGUUCCCCUAUCCCCACCCCCAUACCCUUAAUUGAGACUCUCCUUCUUGUGUCAGGAUUAGCCAUGGUUCCAUAUUUGUGUUUCUGAUGCAUAUGCUUUGGGAGUCCUAGCAGCAGGGUAUAGGGGGGAUGUUCGGAGUUUUAUUGGUAUGGGGGUAACAAGACAUAUUGGUUGUCACUGACUGGUAUAUGUGAAUGUGUGGAGAUAUCCCAUUGUCCUUAACCCACCAUGUUCUCUUCCUACUGAAUGAGGUACCACUUAAUGUUAUCCCUUGAUGAGUUUGUUCUCUGAGUUUGCUUUACUUCCUUUCCCCUAUCCCAAAUGGCAUUUUUCAUCUCUUCCUCAUCCCUCACAUGAAACCCCAUUUUCAUGAAUCUGAGGGACCACUUACUCAGUGGUGGUCACCCUGGAGGAGUCUGGGGGGAGCCAUGAUGAAUCUGUAGGAGUUGUCUGGGUGGUAGAGUUAUGGUCAUAGGUUUGACCCUGCUGAGAGUCACCUUUGAACUCCCAUGAUCUCUUCAGGAGUGAGUUUAAUGUGAGGGGAUGGAUUCCAGUGAAUCUCCUUCAACUCCUGUUAAGUAAGAGCCAAGGGGUAGGGAAGUAGCGAUUAUCCUUGUCUUUGCCUUUGUAUGUGGAAUUGUUUUGUGACUCUCCUGGAGCCUUUUGAAUUCUGAAGGAGCUUAUGUUCUGUGAUAGAAAAUCUCAUUUUCCAAUUUGUCUUCCUUCCCUCCUGCCCAAAAUAGACCACAUUUUUGGGAAUGAGGCAAGGAGUUGUCCAUUCUUUUUUGGUGAAGUGUGACCAUUGCCAUCUUUAGAAGUGACAAUUUAGCUUUGACAGGCAGAGAGCUUUCCCCAAAGUAUCAGUCAUUGGUGAAAAGCUAAGCCAUGUAGCUUUCCAUGACCUCUGCUAUAGGAAGAAGAGGCCAGACUUGGGGAGGGUAGGUUAGGAUGAGGAAGGUUGGUGUUAGGGUGAAGGAAAAUGUGUCUCUGCCAUUUUUGUUCAGUGAUAUAUCCUCUCUUUUUCCAUUUGGAGUGAGUUUUCUAUUGCUAGCUCUUCCUGUAGAAGGCAGAGGGUUUGCUCCCCCCCGGGGAGUGUCUGGUCAAGGAAUGCGGUGAUCUUUUUCCUGUGUAGACUCCCUAGGUAAAGGGGAAUCUGGAAUGUGUGUAGUUGCUUGUGCAAGUAGUGACAGUGAAUUGGGGCUUGUGUUCAAUGGAGAGAUCCAUGAGUACUGGUGGGUAUGGGAGAACAAAAUCCCCACUCCUAUGAGUUCUUCUGGGUGCCACUUUUUUUUCCUUCCCUCCCCUCCUCCCAUCACCACUGGACAGUGGAUCUUGAGGAACACCAUGGCUUUGACUGAAUCCAGUGCUCAACAAUGUGCCAAUUUCUUCUCCAUCAUAGUCUUUGGUUUGAGGCUAUGUGUCUGGCUAAGAGUAGUUUAUGUCCUAGUGUGUGAGAUUCAGAAAUGGGGAAAGAAGACAUGAGCAGAAGUUGGAUUUCUGAUUGGUGUGUUCCUGUGUUUUGGCCAACAUUGAGUCCAUGGUGUUUGUAAACAAGAAAUAAUACCAGGCAGUUUCACUGGUAUGAAACUGGUGCUUAAUACUGUAGCAUUGGGGGUGCUUCUAGAAUUUAAGGUAAGGGUGGGAUGGGCAGAAUGUUAUGAAAGGCCAAUGUGUAAGAGAUUAUUGUUUUCCUUUUUUUUUAAUUUUCUGAGAUUGAAAUAUGCUUACUUUGCAUAGAAAAAAAAACAACAACCAGUGCAAAAUCCACACAAAUAGUCACUGUUCAGUGACUUUUUUUUGUGUGUGUGUGUUUGUGGGUCACAGCACUUUGGUUUGGGGGGGGAUUCCCCUCUAUACCCCAGUGAAAGGGGGCUCCAAAUGGCAGCUCUCCCAUCUUGGGUCAUUGUUUAUUUAGCCAGAUACUUGAAACUGUAUCUUUCAUAGAAAUGCUUGCUUGCUUCCUGCCUGCCCUAAAAACUCCCUCUUCUACUUGAUACCCCUUGGUAUUUAAACCAAACCAACCCCUACACUUGGGUUUGUAGGUUAACUCCCAUCCUGGGCAGUUAUGCAUUUCCAUUUCCACAGUGUCCAAAGUGGUUUCUGUCAGGGUUCUUGUGGGGAAAGAGGGUAUUCUGACAAAUGACACCUUUUGUGCCUUUUUAACCUGGGUCCAAGGUGUCAGUUUCUCUGAUAUUCUCAUUGAACCUGUAGUCUACUUUGCAGAUUCCACACCUCCAAACAUGAAGCAAGGUUUGUACAUCAAUGUAGAAAGUCUUCUUGGCUCAAGAAAUAACUUCAUACUAUCAUGGCCAUAACAACAAUUAGUGGCUUUUUAACAGGAUUUCUAUAUCUCUUUCAAACCCAUGGACAACAUUAUCACUACUACCUACUCUGUAUGGCAGAGGUCAUGAAACUAGUUUAAAUCACUGUCAUCAAAGAUGACAUCCUUUGUGUUGUCCCAUCCUUUUUCUGAAGUCUCCUAUGCCAUGCCUGUCUUCUUGACUAUCCAGAAAGUCUGUUUUUGUUGUUGUUGUUGUUGUUUUCUUUAGGAGAGAUAGAUGAUAUUCAUGGCUUUCUCAUGAGUGGAGUUGAAGGGCAUAGGAAGUCAUUUGGGACACAUAAGGGGUGGCAAGAACAUCCCCAUUCAGACCUAAUGCCCCAGGCAUUGUAGCGUAUGGAUAUAGUCUGUGAAUUCCUCAGCUUUGUACUAAACAGUGAGUUUUAGCUCAUAUUCUUGGCAUUCACCCUGCUUAGGCUGUUAAGAACUUGGUUAUCUUCUUCCAUGUCCUAGCCUUUAAGUAUACAAGUUAUUUAAAGAGUCCUAGAGGACUCUUCCAGGCAUGGGCAUAAAACUGUGGCUUAGCUAUGAUUUAGUCUUGAGUAGUCAGGGAAUGCAGAAUCCUACUGUUGAACAUGUAUGGGAAGGGUAUGGUUAUUGUGGCCAUGCUUCUUGAGGCUAUUUGAAGGAUUCUGAGACUGGAGGGUGGAGAGAGAGAGAGAAGGGUCUUAAAGAGAUGUGACAUGUGUAAUGCUGGACACAUGUCUCAACAUACAGACAGAGGUAAAAUGAAAGUUUUAGCCCUUUUGCAUUGGGUUGGUAUGUAUUUUGAGAUCAGAGGAAAUGAGUUGCCAAAGCUUUCUUCUCUGCCUCUAGGGUGGGAGUCUAAGGAGCAUCUUUUGGUCUGUAGUAUCCCUUGUGUUUUAAAACUACCCAGUGUUCCCUUUGUUUUUUAAGUAAGUUAAGGCUUUUUCACUUCAUUCCCUGCCGCAAUGGCACUUUUAAUUUGAAUUUGCUUGAGAAACACUCAGAACAGAGAUGUGACAUCAUUGGUGGAUGAAAAGGAUGAAAAUUUCCAUCAUGAAAUCACCAUGAGAAAAUCCAAUAUGGUGGUCACAGUCAAGCCAUUCAAAGAUGGACAAGCUGUGUAGUUAUGAAGUGGCUCAUUUGAGCAGAAAAGAUGAAAGGGGUGGUAAAUAUAUCAGACAAGAUGGUAGGUUGCACAGAUAAAUUUUAUUUUUUUAUACCUAGCACAACUUCCUAGUUUUUCAUCUUUCUUUUUCUUUUUAAUUUUUUUUUUUGGUUCUUGGUUAAGAAGACAGAAUUUGUUGAAACUUUAAAAAUGUGAAUGGGUUUUGAGCUCUCCCUUUUUCUCUGGGUUGAGGGUGAGUGUUUUGCACUAAUGUUUCCUGUGUGUAGAGGAUUAAUGAUGUUUGAAAAUGUAUAUGGGAUGAUGAUUGUAUCCUUUGAGGAAAACCAAUCCCUGAAGAUACUGAAUGUAAAGUGAAACCGAAGCAGUCCUUGGCUUUCAUGGGGCUUUCCAGAGUGCCUUAGAAUUUUUUGGAUCAUUUUUCCCAAGGAAAACAUAUUUAAAAAAUCAGACCAUGUUUCCCUCUCCUUUGUUUACAACACUAUCAAUUCCAGAAUCGGGGGCUGCUUUGUCAUGUGAAUAUGAAACUGCAUUCAUUUAGGUCUGCUAGAACAAAAGAGGAGAAAAAUCCCUCAGUAUUUAUGAUAUGUCUGCACCUUUAUUCUUACGCUUGACUUAGCAAUAUGCGUAUAAUAUAUCUAUAUAUUCUAUUAUAUAUCUAAAUUAUAUCAAGCACCUUUUUGAGGAAUAAGAUUUUUAAAAAUAAAAGACUGAACAGAGUUUGAGCUAAAGUUCCGUGCAGUUGCCAUAGUAGGCCAGACAUCUGCCCUUGUCCUAGUUGAUGUGACUGAGGAUAUUCCAAAGUCACUAGGGCAUUGACACCAGGGUGUCAGGACAUUGCUCACUACAGCCCACCAUGUGCUGGACCCCUGUGCGAUUCUUGGUUGAACACAAGGUUGUAAAAGACCACAGAGGGAGCAGCUGGUCCAGUGGUGAGCAAACACUAAAUCACAAUUGUCCAUUAAACACAGCAGAUACUACUGGCUUUGUGUGGAGGUCCUCUCUGAACUUGAAUUCUCUGUAUUGUUUUCUGCCCUGUCUCUGGUCUUGCCCGAGAGGUCUGUUUGUGUUUGUUCUCCGUUUUUUGUUUUUAUUUUUCCUUUUCCCUUCUCUAAUAUGGUUGUAGGAUCUGUGAAAAAAGGGGGGAGGGGCAAAUGAAAGUGAAAACCCUAAACUUUGGGGCCCUGUUUAAUUGUGUGUGAGUGACUGAGUGUGAGUGAUGGUUUGAUGUAGGGGUGGGACUCUGGCCCUUCCCCAUCUGGUCUCUCUUAAGUAUAUACUACGGAAAUCUUUUCCAUCAGUCCAUAUCCACUUUUUAAAUUCCCUGUGUUAUAGCAUCAAGGGCCUGGUUUGGGACAGAAAAAGAAAAUACUGGCUUAUUGUGUCAUAACUUAUUAAAUAUUUUUAUUUUGUUUUUCUUUCCUGAAUUCACUUUCUUCAGUAUUUGUAUUAGUGCUGUGAUGAAGGUGCUGGGUAAAAAUUCUGAGUUCAAGGAGGCUGGGGGAUGGUCAGAGAUGGACAGUGACAGAACCCCACCCCAUUUCCUAAUCCCCUUAAGGGUUUUGAGAACCUUACACUGGCCGCUUUGAUACUGAUUCCAUUGACCCACUGAGACCAAGUAUUUUUUACCCUCUGGGGCUUCAGCAAGGCAGAUGCUUUUAGUCCUGGGCUUAUCUAUCCAUUCAGGGGAGCAUUAAAGGUGAGCUGUGAUGGGGAUCAGGCUUUUUGACAGCCCAUCAUAUUUGGAAUUGCUUCCCCAUUUAACCCAUGUUUAAAGGACCAUAGCCUUCUAGAUAGGUUACUCUGUGAGGCCCUGCUGCCUCUCCCCAGUCAUUUUAUCGUUCGGGUUCUGUUCAGAUGGAUUAUUUUUAUGGAAAUCACUUGCUGCAAGUGGGGAAGGGCCUAUGGCCCAUUAACCAACUGAAAACGCAGAGACAACCUCUGUUUGCUUCCACUGGCAGUAAAUUCUAAACACAGAAUUGAGAGUUCAUAGCUGUCUUGGGCUUUAACUACUGUUUCAAAAUGUCCCUGCUGUAUAAAUUUGUCAUUAUGUCAGUGAGCAAGCCCCAAAUGUGUGUAUUACCAUACCAGAGAUAUUCAGGGCUGGGUACAAGAUGCUUCUAGAAUUGAAAAGGUUUUUUCUUUUUCUUUUCUUUUCUUUUUUUUUAAAUAAAAAAGGAGAAAAAUAUUAUGCAGAAAUCUAAAGCACUCAAAUUGGAAAACCUUCUCAUGUUCUGAUCAGUCGCUUCCAUUGUCAGCAUUUUGCACAUAAUUGUGAUUUUUAUGUCAAAAAAGGCCAAAACUUGCAAUACUAUUUUUAGCAGACAAAAAAAGAAAACUUAAGUAUAAAUGUAUAAAUAUUUUUGACUUGAAGAUUUGGAUGGCACUUGACUCAAAUAGAACAUUAAUCCUUUGGACAGAAUGUUUGGAAAUAAGAGACUUUAAAAAGUAGAUGGUUGUUUUUAAAAUUUAAAGAAAUGAGUCUGUUUAGGGUAGUAAAGUAGUACUGUAAUUCAUGACUGUUAAAAAAAUAAACAAUUGAGUGAAAUAAAUUGUUCCUACUCUGGACAGGCAGUUUCACAGUGCCACAGAGUUACAUUUCAGCCACAAGAGAUGGUAGUUUCUUUUGUUUUUAAGAACAGAAAAAAAAGUUUUGUUUCUUCACAAGUAUUUAUGUGUUGUUACUCUGUAUAGUUAAGACUGUUACUUUUUACCCAUGGCUGACACAUUAUAUUAGUAACUAAAACGACAUUGAACAGCCGACCAAGGAAACCCCGAGAGUUUGAAGUGUGCUCAUAGCUGUCUCCAUCAGAUGCAAAAAUCCAUGAAGGAGGAUAUGAUCAUUAAUUGUAAAACGCUUUGUAAAAUUCACAUUUACAAAAUAAUAAAGUCGAUUCCAAUUCAA